GUUGUCACUUAAGGUAAUAACGACGCGUGAGACCAGCUGCCUUGAGCUUCGGAGCGAAGCCUUGUAUGGUCCAAUCUCAAUCAAUCAUUUACAACUCUCAUUCACUUGUUUGUAACAACACCACAUCAAUUCAUCGUCUAUUUCCUCCUUCUUUUCAACUUUACUGAGAGCACAGCCAGCGAGGUUAAGGAAAAAAUAAUCAUGGAUACCCUCGUGGCCAAGUACAGCCGUCCGGCUACAUUCCACAAGGAGACCGUUGCAGAGGACCAGCAAGAUGAUCUCCAGAACGACAUGUCUCCCAGUUUAUCUCUUAAAUUCGCCAUGCCCCCGGUAGCCCAACCCUCGGCCUGGCUCCGCGCAGCUACAGACGAUCGAUCGAACCCGGACUGCCCGAUCAAGAUUGCGCACGGUACGACGACACUAGCCUUCCGAUUCCAGGGCGGUAUUAUCGUAGCGACAGACUCUCGAGCGACGGCUGGCAACUGGAUUGCGUCGCAGACGGUCAAGAAGGUGAUUGAGAUCAACAGCUGUCUGCUAGGAACCAUGGCUGGUGGUGCUGCCGACUGCCAAUACUGGCUGGCCUGGCUCGGUAUGCAGUGCCGUUUACACGAACUCCGCCACAAGCGCCGCAUCAGCGUCGCCGCCGCCUCCAAGAUUCUCGCCAAUCUCGUUUAUAACUACAAGGGGAUGGGACUAUCUAUGGGUACGAUGUGCGCCGGCGUUACCAAGGAAGAGGGACCUGCUCUAUACUACAUCGACUCCGAUGGUACCCGUCUUGCUGGAAACUUGUUCUGUGUUGGUUCCGGUCAGACUUUUGCUUACGGUGUGCUCGACGCUGAGUACAAAUACGAGUUGAGCGUGGAUGAUGCUCUGGAGCUGGGUCGUCGAAGUAUCUUGGCUGCUACGCACCGUGAUGCUUACUCCGGUGGUUUCAUCAACUUGUAUCACGUCAAGGAAGAGGGUUGGGUCAAGCACGGUUUCAACGACACGAACCCCAUAUUCUGGAAGACGAAGUUGGAGAAGGGCGAAUUUACCAAUGUCACCAGUGCGCUGGAUUAAGUUACGAUAUGGUUGAAAGGAGACGAAUUAUGGGUAUCAGGCGUAUAUGCCAGAUGCUCUUAGAGCAUUACGCAUGAAUUUAGGAGUUCAGAAGUGCAAGACAAAGGGGAAGAGGACGUGAAGGAGCUUGGUAGAUCGCCAUAAUAGCUAUCUAGGCUAAUUCUUACGGGC